UACUAAAAACACUUUGAAUAAUUUUUAAAAUUGAUAAUUCAAAAAAAAAAAAAUGAGUGGGAAAAAAAGUGAAUCGAGUGAUUCGAGAAAAAUGAAAAAAAUUGACAAAACACCUUCGGUAGUUUCUCAUAGAGAAUACUUAGAUAUGGACACUGAUGAAGAAGAAUUCGGUCGUCAAGAAACUCCGGAGCCAGAUGAAGAACUUCCUCCUGAGCCCGAAAAACCAGCAUUUACCGGGGAACAAUUACAAAUACUUCUCCAGUAUGUUAAAAAUUUAACAGCGAAACCACACGAAGAAAUCAUUUUUUCACAGAAAAAUGUUGAUGUUAUCCACGAAUACUUUUGUAAUCCAUCUCACACAAUAUUGACAAUUUUUUAUACUGAUUUUGAAUGGAAAGUAUUUUUAAAUUUCCCUCCAUAUCCGCAAAACGGACUGACUUAUUUUCUCCGAUCCCCGUGGCAAGUUUAUACUCCCGACAAUUUUAUGUCGACAGUAAAAUUUGGGAGUUUAAAUUAUUUUGAAAAUUCAUUGCUUAAAUUUUUUCAAAAUAUUUAUGCUCCAGUUGCAUUCGCUCACGAUCGAUGGCCGAUAGUUAAAAGAGAUGAAAUUUUUUCAAACAUAAAUAAAUUAAUAAGUCACCUAAAUGACGCAACGUAUUACCCAAUGGGUCUGACUAUUCUUUAUGUACCCCGCGAAAAAAUAUAUUGCGGUGACAAAAAAAUUAUAGAUUGUAAUCAUGGGUAUGAAGAAGACCCGAAAGCAAAUAAUAAGAAUUUAUUAGAAUUAAAUAUGAGGGAACAAGAUAACAGUGGAUUAAUCGAACGACUUGAACGAGUUGCUCGUUAUUGGGUAAAACAAAUCAGACAAGUAUUGCGCGGUUCAAAUAUUCCAGCAAGAUCAGCUUCCAGGUCUAUCAUUGAUGAAAUAAAUUUCUGGAACUACAGAUUUGAAACUUUGAAUUGCCUUCAUAAUCAGCUGACAAAUAAAUGUAUUGUAAAUAUUAUUGAGACACUGAAAAAUUUUAAAUCAUCAAGUAUCGAUGACUUUACUAUUUUAGUUACGGAAAUUGAAAAAUCACUUAUUGAAAUAACUUCAAACAUUAAAUAUUUAAAUUUAUUCGUCGAUUAUUGUUGUGAUUUUGAAAUUCCUAAUGAUAUUGAUGAUUAUACGACUAAAAUACUGUAUUUAAUACGAUUCGUUGCUAUUAAUUCUAAAUUUUACAACAGCACAAUUGGUAGUGAUAAAAUCGAAAUACUUUGCCGUGCAUUGGGCACACAAAUAAUAAAUCAAUGUAAAAAAUAUAUAAAUCUUGAUAUUAUACUUGAUGAAGAUCCAUCAAGUGGCAAACAAAUGCUUCAGCACUCAGUUUAUUCUUGUCAACGUUUUAAAGAAAUUUUUGAUCAGGUAUUAAUAAUAAUGGACAGACAUUGUAAUUCAUCAACAAUAUGUAGUGUUGAUAAAAAUAAUAUAUUUAAUCAUAUUGAUACAUUUAUUCAACGAUGUGAAGAUCUCAUUGAAGUUACAAAUACAAGAAUUAUUUUCGAUAAAUGUGAAGAAAUACAAGUAAUUGGUGGAGCAAAAGCAGCAGAACACGAAUUGAAAUAUAAAAAAAUAGAAAAAUUAUUUAGCAAAACUCUUGAGGAAAUUAAAAAAAAACCUGAGUGUAUUUUAGAUGUCACCGAGUUCACUUGGUUGGAUAAAAUAAAACUCUUUCGUAAUAAAAUAGAAGACAUAGACAAUAUGAUGACGAAUUUAAUCCACGACAUAUUCGAAAAUGUAUCGACGAUAGAAGAAGCUCUGGAAGCUUUGUAUGCAAUGAAGCGUUUUGUGAUACGAAAAAAUUUACAAAAAACACUCGAUAAUUACUGGACGAAUAUUUGGAAAAAAUUUAAUGAUGAACUAGAAUUAAUUAUCGCUGAUAUCGACGACGAAAUUUUACUUUACGAUCGCUCGAUGACUUCUUAUGCCGGCGCCGCGACUUUGUUGCAUUUGAAAAAUAAUUAUCUGACUACACAAUUUAAUAUGCUGAUAAAUGCUUCUGAUUGGUUUGAUGAUAAUAUUGCGCAAGAAGUAAUUAUUGAAAAAUAUAAACGUAUUCAAAGUACGUUAUCAGAUAAAAUUAAUGCAAUUAAUAUUAAAUGGGAGCAAGAAUUAAUGAGCGAUUCAAUUAUUAAAGAAAUGCUUAACAAUCCAAUUAUUAAAUAUUCCGAUUAUCCAAAUAAUAAAUUAAUAGAAGUUAAUUUAAAUUUUAAUUGUUUAGAAAAUAUCAAGUCUGUUAUUGAAUGGAAAAGUAUGAAGUACGAAAUUAAAAAAAUAUCACCGAAAUUAACACAAAAAUGGAAUUUAUUUAUGAUACGUUACAUAAAAGUUGAUUAUUUAUGUAAAUAUUACAAUAAUAUCAUCGCGAAAAUGAAUAAAGAAGAAUUGAUGUUAUUUAAAUUGGUAAUUGAUGAAAUUAAAAUAAUUGUAAUGACUGGAGUUCCUAAGAAUACGUGGACGAGUGAAUCUAUUGAUAAAUUUUACGACGAAUGUUUCAAUAAUAUUUAUCAACUGAAAAGAGUUAUAGGAGAUUAUAAAUUGUCAAUUAAAAAAAUAUACUGCUGUUUAAAAAAUAUAUCUAAGACAUUAUUUGUUGAAGGAACAAUUAAUUUAAUUUAUACUUUAGAAGAGUUUGAGAGUCACUUGAAAAAUGUCAGAAAUCGAAGUAUUGAAAAUAUCAAUGAAGAGUGCAAACAAAUUUAUAAGUUGAUUUCAUUGAUUAAAUAUGACAUAAGACGUGACGAUAAGACUCCAAAUUAUUGGACGACGUUUGUAGAGGAAAUAAUAAAAGAUUUGAAGGAGUGCCUGCUUAUAAAUAUUCGUAAGUCUUUAUUAUCAGCUCGCAGGUUUUUUGAAGCCGAUGGUCUGACGAAUCCCGAGCCAUUAUUGAUAAUUGAAGCUGAUUAUUUAAAUGAUAAAAUUGUUUUACAACCGGAUGUGGAAGAAAUUAAAAGAGUUAUUGAACUAAUAACGGCGUUGAGUAAUGAAAUUUAUUCAAUUGAAAACUGCAAUAAAAUAUUUGAGUUGAUUGAUUUACGUUUGGAUGAUGGAAUAAAUUUAAUUGAAGUCGAUGAAGAAAUAAUGGGAUUGAAGAAUCAUGUCAAGAAAGAAACGGAAAUUGUUAUUGAAGCUCUAGAUAAAUUUAUCCAAUCUAUUAAUAUUACGAAAGAUCUAUUGGAUGUUGAAACAAAAUUAAGUGAAAUGAAACAGGACGCUCGGAAGUAUGACAGAAAUAUUUUAGAGGAAGAAAUUCAAAGAUGCAAAGAACUUUAUAAAGUUAUUUCUUUGAUAGCAGAUAAUAUAAAUAUAUAUUUUGUAUUAUUAAAGACAGUUAACAUGAAAUCGCGAUUUUCAGAGAAAUGCGAUUAUUUAAAAGACAUUCUAUUUGUUGAACUAAGCAGAUCCACUUGUUAAAUAUAUAUCUUCUUUAAAAUAUUUAUUUAUUUUUGAAAGUGUCAUGGAUUGCAUUGUCUACAUAACAACUUUAA